AUGAAAAUGUUAAUAAUUCUAACAGUGAUAUGUGGAAUUAUUGCAAAUAUAAAUGCACAAUCAAGAAUAGCUGGUGGUGAACUAGCAGACAUAACGAAGUAUCCAUUUGCGGUGGCACUCCUCAGCAACAUCGAGUCGCCGAGCUUCUUGCUGGGUUGCGGUGGUACCAUACUAACUAAUACAGCGAUCUUAACCGCCGCCUCCUGUUUCUUUGCUAAUGAGCAGAUAACCCAGCCAUCAUCAUGGCGUGCAAGAGUUGGCUCAUCGUCUCUGACGAACGGAGGGACUCUGUAUAUCAUAUCGCGCAUAACCACCCACCCGCUAUUCUCGAUGAACACAUUAGAGCACAACGUGGCAGUUAUACGUACUGUCGUAGCUAUGUCGUUUAGUACAGCUGUACAGCCAGCGUACAUAGCUGGUGGAGCAUACAGACUUCAACGGAAUGACGAGGUCGUUGCGAUAGGCUGGGGUGCUACCAGUGUUACAGGCUCGGCCUCUCCAGAUCUUCGUCGCGUGCAGAUCUGGGUAAAUGACCAGCAGACGUGCGUUGAACGGUAUUACGUAUUGAACUUCAACGUUACGGACUCCAUGCUGUGUGCUGGAUGGCUUGACGUUGGCAUCAGAGGACAAUGUUUAGGUGACAAUGGCGGGCCGCUACUACACAACGGCGUGGUGGUGGGCGUGUACUCGUGGUCGCAGGGCUGCGGCGACAUCGUGUUCCCCAACAUCAACACGCGAGUGUCGCAUUACUCGCGCUGGAUCGAGGCCAUCGCCACCGCUUAG